AUGGGAUGCGCAUCAUCCACAAACGUCGCUAGCAUUGAUGAACUCGAGCUGCAGCUCGAUCAUGGCCACCUAUUCAGGCCCAAAAGAUCCGAGAAGCAUAUCAGUGCGUCAAAACAGGUGGACACAGCUGAGCUUAGCCACGUCCUGCCAAAUGAGCUGGCAGAUGACGUGUCCACGGACUUCAGCACAGAUGAGCCCGUGAGGAAGUGGUCUGCUGACUCAGAAGACGGCGAUGACAGUGACACCGACAGCUUCAGCAAUGUCUCCAUUCAGAUCCAUGUCCCCCCACACUUGCAAAGUGACGUCAAACAGGAGCCCAUUCUCACCAACUUCAGGGAGCCAUCCCUGGCCGAAUGCUCUUGGAACAUGCCCAGCCUCCGCUCACGAGCCAAGGAUCUUCCUGUUGGUACCAUGGUAGCUCCAGACCGGGAACUGCAUGACCAGUACAUGAAGAAACUUGACAACUACCUCAAGGUGAUCUCCACCACACCGCGCAGGCUGGAAACCCAAGUUCAGGUGAAGAGGAUGAUGAGUGGAAUGAGCCCAAGACGUGCAGAAGUUGGGGCUGACAACAAGACCCGCAAGAGGAAGGACGCCCUCAAGAGCCUAAGCCUCUUUUGA